AUAAUUUGUCAACUGGCUGGCACCAGGGGAUCUGAUAGUAAAACAAAGCAGGACUGGCUAGACAUUGCAAGGCAGCCAUCUGUCUGCCAAGUGGACAGCCAGGAGCUGCCGCCACUGCCGAUGGAGACCAGGCUCGAGCUGGAUGUUUUGAUAUACCCAGACGAGGUGAGGGUCGUCACCCCAGAGGACCUCAGGGAGUGGGAGCUGGAGACUGCCAGCCAGGUCUCUGUCCCCAAUGUUCGACUCUUUGUGGCACUUUACCCGUACAACCCCGCCGCCAUGUCUCCCAACCCUGACACGGCUGCAGAGGAGCUGCCCUUUGUGCCGGGCCAAAUCAUCAAGGUGUUUGGAGACAAGGACUCCGACGGUUUCUACCACGGUGAGUCUGGUGGUCUUUCUGGUUAUGUGCCAAGCAACAUGGUGGCUGAGAUCCCAGUGGACGACGAGUACGUGAAGCACGUUCUCAUGCAGCAGGGCUUCCUGCCGGUGGACAACACAGGUAUGUUUUUGACACCAGACCUAAGAGACACCGGCAGCAUUCCUGAAGAUGUAAUUGUUCGAAGAAUGGUGGCCUUAUUCGACUACGAUCCAUGGGAGCACUCACCCAACAUGGACAGUGAAGCUGAACUAAGCUUUCGAUCUGGGGACAUCAUUUACGUGUUGGGUGACAUGGAUCAAGAUGGGUUUUAUUAUGGAGAUCUUCACGGAAGACUAGGUUUGGUACCCUCAAACUUCCUGCAGCCCUUACCCUGGAAUUAGAUGCCGUGCUAAUACCUCUGAUACUAAUGCCAAGUCUCAGAUAUAUUCAAUUCAGCAGCUUUACUGGAAAAAAUGUUAAUGUGUGUCAAGAAAUUGUAUAUGUUUUUUUAAUUUUAUAUAAUAGCGUGGCUUGGCAUCUGCUGUAGAGAAGAGGGAGCCCACCACUAUCAGUCAAGACAAAGUCAGUUUAUGGGAAAAUACUCUUUAUUGAUAAUUUUUAAAGUAAAAUUGCAACUCAAUUCACAAACAAAAAUACAAUUAGUAAGUUUUGUAAACUUCCAGUGAUUUUACUUGACGGGUGUCAGGUAAUCUUCAGUAUUAGCCUUAAACAAAUACACUUUUAGUCUCAGCACUGCACAGACCAGAGUGUAUAAAUAUAGUUUGCCUUAUACUGUGUCCAUCUGCUUUUUGUAACAUGCUCAUCUGUAAUGCAAGGUUAUUAAAU